AUGAACUGUGACACAGCAUAUGGUAUGUGGAACAAAUUACUUAGUGUGUACGAACAAAUGUCGGACACAAGCAUAACAAUAGUACAACAAAAAUUCUAUCGUUAUACAAUGGAUCCUAAGGACAAUAUAGCCGGUCAUAUUUCGAAACUAGAAAAUCUAAGUAGACAACUAAAACAAUUGGGAGAACCUAUCUCAGAAUCAAUGUUGAUUACAAAAAUUUUGAUGACAUUACCUGAUAGCUAUAGGCACUUCUACAGUGCAUGGGACUCAAUGAAUAGUACAAAUAGAACGCUAGAACAGUUAACCACUCGAUUGAUGGUGGAAGAAACACGACAAGUGCAAGGACAGGAGGUCCGUAACGAUGGUGCUGAAAGUAUUGCUUUGACUGCAAACAAAGCUAUAUCAGCAGCAGAACAAUUACAACUUCGACAAUUUGACGUUCAAACAGCCUUUCUAUAUGGAGAUUUGGACGAAGAAAUUUACAUGAGACAACCAGAAGGGUUCAACGAUGGUACCGAAAUGGUGUGCAGACUUCAACGCAGUUUAUAUGGCCUAAAGCAGUCACCACGAUGUGAAUUGCUGGACCAGCCAAAAACGGUGCCAACAAUGUAUGGAGACAAUCAAAGUGCGAUUAAACUCGUAAAAAAUCCAGAGUUUCAUAGAAGAACGAAGCACAUAGAUGUUCGCUACCACUAUAUAAGAGAAAAGUUCAAUGAGGGAUUGUUUUCAUUGGAGUACAUAUCCAGCAAGGAGCAGAUUGCGGACAUUAUGACAAAACCAACUCCACGAACGCGGUUCAAUGAGCUAAGGGAGAUGUUAGGAGUUAUAAAUAUUGAUGUAUAA